AUGCCAGGCCCACGACAAGGAAACCGUCGUGCAGACAGAGACACCUUACAAGCCAAGCCAAAAGCCAAACCAAAAACCAAGCCCCCACAACGCAAACCCAAAGAACCUGAACGCAAAGAAAAAGAAGAAAUUCUCAGCGAUGAAGACCCCAGCGGAAUCAACCUCUCAAAACCAAUCCCUCUCUCCCUCCAACAACUCCUAUUAGACGUCUUCAAAACCGCUCUCCUCGCAUCCGCAGGAACAGACGCCGAUUCAUCCGAAUCCCAAUACGAGUCCCUUGACAUCAAAUCUCUCAUCCAGACUAUCAAGUCGCACCUUUACCAGCGCGAUUUCGAUUCCGCGUUCACCGAGGCUGGUGAGGAUCAUUUGCGCGCUUAUGCUUUGCGCUGGAGUGCGUCGAGAGCUUUGGGAUACGCGGGAUUAUUUAAAGGUGUGCUUCGGUGGAUGCGCGGGGAGGGUGCGCCCAUCAAAGAUGCUUCUGCCUCCGAUACACGGGUUGUGUGUCUCGGUGGUGGUGCUGGAGCAGAGAUUGUCGCAUUAGCAGCUGCAUGGCGGGAUCUUGAUGGCGGGGCUAGUUCAUUGAGUGCACGGGCGGAGGCGUUAUCUCUUGAAGAGAGCGAAGACAAGGACAAGGAUGCAGAUGCAGAGACCGAUUCCAGCUCUAAGCUUUCGCUAUCAACAAGGAAUCUGUCUAUCGCGGCUGUUGAUAUCGCCGAUUGGUCCAGUGUUGUGCGACGGUUGUCUAGUACACUCACUUCCCCUGAUGUACCUGCUCCGUCGACGUCGAGAUAUAAGGCCCCGCUUGUGCCGGUGGGCGAUAAGGUGGAUGUCGAUUUCCAUCGCGUUGAUCUCCUCGGACUUCCGGAAAAGGAGCUGAAGGAUGUUGUGCUGGGUAGUGGGGCCGUGUCACCUUCUUCUCUUCUUGUUACGCUGAUGUUCACUUUGAAUGAGCUUUUCUCUACAUCUAUGCCUAAGACUACGGCGUUUAUGCUUCGCUUGACGGAAAUUCUGAAGCCUGGUGCUGUGCUUUUGGUUGUUGAUAGCCCUGGCAGCUAUUCGACGCUGAAAAUGGGGAAACCUGGUCCCGACGGCGUUCAGCAGGAGAGGAAUUAUCCUAUGAAGUUCCUUUUGGAUCACACGCUUAUCUCAGUGGCUAAGGGCCAGUGGGAGCAAAUUUAUACCCAGGAUUCUCGGUGGUGGAGGCGAGAGGCGUCGCGGUUGAUGUAUGAUGUUGGUGAGGGUGCGGGAUUGGAGGAUAUGCGAUUCCAGGUGCAUAUUUAUCGCCGGAUAUAA